ACGAAGAUAUGAAAAAAGGAAGGAAAUUGCAUUUUUGACCCGUAAAUAGCAAAACGAUUCGUUUCAGCUGCUUUCACUGAAAUUCAUAACAGAGGCUUUGAUUUAAUGCUCUAAAUUCCCUCUUAUUCUCCCGUUUUCUCUCUAUUCAUGGUAAAUUUCCAUGGAAGCCAAACAACUUCAUCAACCGGCAUCCUCGCAUUCACCGAUCUACCACGCAAUUCUCCAAGCAGGCCCACGUCUCAAACCUCUUCAACAAGUACACGCACGAAUCGUCAUCACCGGCUUGGGUCGUAGCCGAUCCCUCAUCACCAAACUCCUCUCUUUUGCUUAUGCCGCCACUUCACCCAUUACCUACACUCGUCGUCUUUUCCUUUCCAUUCCGGAACCAGAUACCUUUCUGUUCCAUUCUCUAAUUACAUUAACCUCUAAAUUCAAUUUCCCUCAAGAAUCCCUUCUCUACUAUCGCCGGAUGAUAUUAGCCAAUAUUUCAUCUACAAAUUACACAUUCUCGGCCGUUAUUAAAUCUUCUGCUGAUUUAAGGACUUUUAAUACCGGUGAGACUAUUCAUUGUCAUGUUUUGAUUUGUGGGUACGGUUUGGAUUCGUAUGUUCAAGCUGCUCUUGUGAGCUUCUAUGCAAAAUGGGGUCAGUUGUGGAUUGCCCGUAAAGUUUUUGAUAAAAUGCCUGAGAAAACAGUAGUAGCUUGGAAUUCAAUGAUUUCGGGAUACGAGCAGAAUGGAUUUGGCAAGGAAGCAAUUGCAUUGUUUUAUUUGAUGCAAGAUUUGGGAGUUAAGCCGGAUUCCACAACAUUUGUUAGUUUGUUAUCAGCUUGUGCUCAGUUAGGUGCAGUUGGUUUAGGCUGUUGGGUGCAUGAGUAUAUUGUUAGAAACUGUUUUGAUCUGAAUGUGGUGCUUGGUACGGCAUUGAUUAAUAUGUAUUCGAGGUGUGGAAAUGUAAGCAAAGCAAGGGAAGUUUUUGAUUCAGUGGAGGAAAAGAAUAUUGUUGCUUGGACUGCUAUGAUUUCGGGGUAUGGAAUGCAUGGUCAUGGUAGCCAAGCAAUUGAGCUCUUUAGUGAAAUGAGGGUUCUUGGUCCACGACCCAAUAACGUUACAUUUGUUGCCAUCUUAUCAGCUUGUGCUCAUGCAGGGCUUGUUAGUGAAGGGCGCCAGAUAUUUGCCAGCAUGAGGCAGGAGUACGGAUUGGAGCCAUCAGUGGAACAUCAGGUUUGUAUGGUGGAUAUGCUUGGGCGUGCUGGACACUUGAAUGAAGCGUAUCAAUUUAUCAGAGACAUGGUAUCUAAAGAGCCAGCUCCAGCAGUCUGGACUGCAAUGCUUGGGGCUUGCAAGAUGCAUAAGGAUUUUGAUCUUGGAGUUGAAGUGGCAGAGCAUCUUUUAAGUAUUCAGCCAGAAAAUCCAGGCCAUUAUGUAAUGCUUUCAAAUAUAUAUGCAUUGGCAGGUAGGAUGGACAGAGUGGAAAAGGUCAGAAACAUAAUGAUAAGAAAUCGUUUGAAGAAAGAAGUUGGCUAUAGCACCAUAGAUGUUGAUCAGAAGAUUUAUUUGUUUAGCAUGGGUGACAAGUCCCAUCCUGAGACAAAUGAAAUUUAUCUGUAUUUGGAUGAGUUGAUGAGUAGGUGCAGGGAAGCUGGCUAUGUACCAGCUUCCGAAUCUGUGAUGCAUGAAGUGGAAGAAGAGGAGAAGGAACAUGCCCUCAGAUACCACAGUGAGAAGCUUGCAAUAGCAUUUGGGCUAUUAAAAACCAGCCCUGGUGUGGCUAUCAGGAUUGUUAAGAACCUUCGAAUGUGUGAGGAUUGUCAUACAGCAAUCAAACAUAUCUCAGUUGUUUCUAAUAGAGAGAUUAACAUUCGAGAUAGGCUUCGUUUCCAUCAUUUUAAAGAUGGCUCAUGUUCUUGUCAAGACUAUUGGUGAUGGACUUUGCUUGUUAUCUAGGCAUUGUGCGAUUCUCUUUUUUAUCCAAGACCGUGUUUGAAUAGUUCUUUGGAAAUCAGGAUUGUUUAACAACCCGCAAGAUGUAGAUUCACCAGCAUCCAUGACAAUUUGACAAAUGCAAAAUGCUGAUUUGACAUUUAUGCAUAAUUGAAUGUUUGAGAAAUCAGGAAUGGCAUUUUUAACACUAUCAUAAGGAUGCCUUGUCAGCAUUUGAAGAGCAUGAGAUGACAUACAGUGUUUAACUGAUUUCUAUGGCAUGCAAGAUAGCUACUAUUGCAUCUGAAAGAGCUGUGAAGUAUUUUCUAAUUAUGAACUCUGAGCUGUCUCUUGGGCCCUUGGCUGCUUUUGAGAUAAGCAAAAUUGCUGACUGGAAAUUCAAUUGGCAUUACUGAAAAAAGAGGAGCUUGAAGUUUGAUUGGAUCUAAAGUAAUGAAAUUGCACAAAUCAUGCAAUAAUCUUCUCACUCCUGCUUUGGUGUCAAGUGAAGGAUAAGUGGUCAUUACCCUUGCAGCUGAGGACUACGAUUCAAUAUUCUAAUCUUACCUUUCCUACUGACCUUGUUCAAUUGUAAUCGGGGGAAAAAAAGUCAAAUGAAGAUACAAAUUUUAUACAGUAUUAUUUCAUGUAAAGAGAUUGAGUUCAUAAAGAUUUUGACAUUCUUCCAUGCAAAUUCAAGGCUCCAAGCUAUGUGCUCGCGGAACAGUUAAAAUAAGACUUGUUGCAGAGAUUUUGUUGGUCCUUUCACGAAUAGAAAGCUUCACGA